CCUCGAUUUGAAUUUCAAAUCCCUUCUAUUUGCUCUCCUCUUUUGCCAUAUCUGUUCAUUUACAACAUUCAACUGUGCGGCCUGUUGUCACUGGCACGAACUGGAUCCGGCGCAAGCAAAGCAGCCGACUACACCCGCCCACACACAGACGCCGAAGCCUGGCUCACAGUGCUGGUUCUCAUAUGCGAUCCGGCAAAGCAGUCAGCAGUGCAGACUAUUUUCUAGGCCAAGCGCGCAAUGGCGUAAACCGGUUGCUAUUCGAUCAGUUUUCCCAGUCGUUGAAAAAGGCCACUUUUCUCCGGACUCACAACAAGGCAGUCGAUCCAUUUCUGCUUGGCAAAAACAUCGACCAGAGUAGCGGGCUAGGCGGGCUGGCAAUCGACCUGGGUGGCAUUGACAUUGCCUCGAUUCUGAGGGAGGAUUCUGAAAAUGGCCUUCUUCGCAGAGAGCGAUCGCCUGCGCCUCUUGGACCGCUGAAGGACACGCAGCGGUACCUCAUGUACAAGGCCAUACACAGAAAGGACCCUGAGGGUGUGUGGCGUGGAUUUGACGGUAUACUCAAGAACAAUGAAUGGCGCAAGGUGACUGAGUACGACAUCAUCCGAGUCAUCCAGACACUCAAUAUGCAGUACGCUUUUGAGCGCAAACCAGAGACCCUCCGCAGGCUGAGGGUCGUGCGGGACGCGUGCAAGAAAAAUAAAUUGAAGUUUACAACAAUAUGGGCGCUGAACGAGCUGAUCCGGCUACACGUCGCUGAGGGACAGCACGAAGAGGCGCUUUCGAUAAAGAAUGACAUUGAUUCCGGCACCUACGGCCCCAACAUGGCAGUGAACGUGCACACAUACGCGGCGCUUUUCAGCGAUCCAACUGCAGAGAGCUUACCAGACCUGAUUAAGUUGACAGAUUUGUUCGACGAGAUGCUUGGCAGGAACAUUGCUCCGAAUGCAGAAGUGGAAAAGAGCCUUAUCAAGGCUGCGCAAAAGGUUGACGAGUUCCGACUGCUCGAUGCACUGCUCGAAAGCACAAAGGAUGGCAACUUUACGGACGACCACGGCAAUUUAUUUGCGCGGUAUACUGCCGCCAGAGGUCAGGCAUAUCUCGCGCUUCAUGCAAUUAGGCCGGCACUGGCAGAGCUACACAAGCUGCUGUCAUUCCGAAUCCCCAGCGACAAGCGCCAAAUACCGCACGCGCUACUGGCCAACCCAGAGUCGACGAACAUUGCUAUCCCGCUUGAACUCGCUGGGACAAGAGACGCGUAUUUUGUAUAUCUCCGCUCGCUCUACGAGUCCAUCAUCCGCAUAUGCAUCAUCCGGCGGCAAAUCAAGCGCGCCAGCGAGCUGCUCGAUGAGCUGCGCAAGAAUUGUUAUCUGCCUCCGACACAGACCGCCUACAGGUGGUUUGUGCGGUUCCAUGCGAAGCGCAAGAAUAUCAAGGAGCUGGUCGAUAUCCAGGACAUGAUGCUCCGCGACGGUGUGCCGCUGAACGAGCACAUAUACACAAAGUUCAUCACAUCCUGCAUGUUCACUCCCAAGACGCGCCUGCUCAGCCACAUCGUCAAAAGUGUGUCGUCAGAGGACCCGGCCGGCGGGAUUCAUAAAGAGGCUUGCGCGCAGAUAGGCGGAAUCCGCAAGGUAAACCUGUCUGCAAAGUUCGAUACCGGAGUUAAUACCCACAUUGAUUCUACCGCGUCCGAGGAAAAAUCCACGCCCCGGAAAUCUGGUCUGCCAGUCAUCCCCAAAAACAUCCUGCUCACCGAGAAGGUCGCCGAGCACGUGUACUACCCCAGCCAGUGCAUCCGGUUCUUCGAGGACAUGCUGCUCGAGUACAAUGCCAAGCCCAGCGAUAUCCGCGAUGUCAAUUACAAGCCAAACGUUAGCAUCACCAAUGCUGUCAUGCGCGCAUACUUGAUGCUCGAGUCACCCGCGCUUGCGCUGCGUGAAUUUCAUCGGUACUGCAUCCACCAGCGCACACAGAACCCGUCGAGCGUCACGCCCGAUGUCCAGACACACAAGCGUACGUUGCUCAAGGUUUUCGGCAUGGCAGACGAAGCCGCUUCUAUCCUUGGCGAUCGACUGGAGCAGCAGCGGAUCGAGACAAACAUGGUUGAGUGGGGCUUGCAGCCGCUGUCCAGCAACCAUUGAGCCGCCGCUGCCGUUAACAAUUAAUAUUUAUAUAUUUUUUCUUUGUAUUCUGUUGUUGAUUUUUACAGUCUAU